AUAAAUAAAAUAUUCAUAAAUAGAAAAAAAUUGAAAUAUGAAACUUUUUGUAAAUUAAUAAUUCUAUAAAUUAAUAAAAUACCAUAGUCCCAACAUUAUUAAUUUAUAGAGUUUUAUUGUACAUUCGUUUCUUACAAAGCACUAUAUUUGCCAUUCUAAUUUGUUAACUUCAAGCAUGCUAAUCUUAUGUGUCUCAUUCAAAUUUCUUAAAAUGUAAAAGUGGUCUUUUAAUUACGACUAUUCACAUAUAGUUAAGAUGUAUCACUAAUUGGCCUUUUGCACACCAGUAGAGAAAUGCAUGUGCGUGAAAAAUAAGAUUAGGCUACCUAAUACUUCAAUUAAAGUACUUCAUAGACUACAUCAUCUAUUGGUUUAAUUAAUCUAACAAAAUACUAAGCAAUUCUCCCAUUUUUGUCAGUAAUCGAUGUAUGGAGCUGGUGCUUAUCCUAACACAAAAAGGCACAAAAAGCACAAUUCAAAGGGUUAAAUAUAUUGAUUUGUAACGUAUGAUGUACAUUAAAAAAGGUGACACUAAAACUAUCGCAAUCUAAGUUGAAGUAUAUUAGUGUUUUCUUACGAGCCUUCUUUUCAUGAGAAGAAAUAUUUCCUUCCUUUUUGUAGUAACGUUUGAAUAUUUUCUUACUAUUGUUACCAUACCGUGAAUAGUGGACUAUAAACGUUUUAAAACGGUAAUCAGUUUUUGAACUUUAAAUUUAACUAGAUUUUGAUCCGCGCAACCGCGCAGGGUUGAGGAAAUUGCUUAUUUCUGUUUUGUAUGGUGAAACAAUCAAAUUGAUAUGUUAGAAAAUUAACUUGUGAUUUGAUAAUUCUAUACAAAGCAGAAGAUUUUCUAGUCUUUAUGUUUAUAGAACAUAUUCACUUUGUUUUUAAUAUAUGACGUUUUGGAAAAUCUUUUUUCAUUUUAAAUUAGAUGAUAUUUUCAAUUUUCAGUGCAAGUUUAUUCAUUUUUUCUUUUAUAUAACCUUUUAUAUUAUCCAUUUAGCGUUUUAUUGGUUGAAUUAUGAUUAGGUAAAUAGUUAAUGAUGUUUUUGAUUAGAUAAAAUAUAAAAUUAAUUUUUUUUCUUUAGUUUGUGUGAAUAAAUCUAAAUUUUAAAGUAAGAAAAAAGGAAACAGUGUCAUUUAGUUGAUUAUAUAUAUUAGUACAUCAAUAUUUUAUUUGUUUCAAGGACAAAAAUAUGCUAUAUUUUUCUCUAUUAUAUAACUAAAAUUUAUUUUAUAUGUCAAAUUAUUUUUCUUUAACGUUUGAACGGCAUUUUAGAGAAUGGUAUUGAAAAUAUAUUAUUAAAUGUAUUUAAAUUUAGUUAUAUGAUUGUAAACGAAUUCUAUUAUAUGUUUUAGAAUGGUAUUAAUUUGAUAAAAAAUGUUAAUAAUAUUAAAGAACAAUCACAUUUUGUGAUACUUUUUUGACAUCAUCAAAGUAAUAAUAUUAAUCAUAUGUUAUGAUUGCAUAAUACUAAAAAUGAUAUACACGAUCAUAUGUAUAUAUAAUCAUAUACGAUGAUUGCAUAACAUAUGAAUUUUUUGUUAAUGACGUGACCUAAAAAAUAGUUAAUGUCCUACAAAAUAAUUAUAUAUGUUGUUAAUAAUUAUUAGAUUAAUAGGUUUAAUGUAUUUUUUAUAAAUCAGUUGGUAUAUUUAAUUAUAUAUAAUUUAUUGGUUUUGAAUACAGAUUUUUGAAUUUAGCAUAUAUUAACAGUAAACAAUUUUGAGAUUCUCCUUAAAAAUAGUAUAUUGUUGAUUUUACUAAGAUAUUAAUAAGAUAUAUUUGUGAUAUUAUAUAUUAUAGAACUAAAUGAUAGAAUAAUUAAAUGUGAUGAUUUUUUUAUGAGAUGGUCCAAAAUGAAAUAUCACACAUGAAAUAAGUCAUGACUUCUGUUUUAAUAUAUAAGAUUAAAUCGAGAUACAUCAAAUCAUAGAUUCAUAGAAUAUGAUAAUUGUUACCUGGUAUAACAAAUUAGAUCGUUUAAGUAUAUUUUAAAAUGAUUUUUUCAGUUAUUUCUUCAACUUGCUAGUAUCAUUUUGGAUAUCCGUCAGCCACGAUAAAAGUUUAACACUUUAAAUAUAGAAAAAAGAGCCACGAUAAAGGUUCAACAUGCCAACAAUUUGAUAUUACGUAACUAAAGUGUAUAAAAUAGUACGACAAAGAAAAAAAAAUAGUACGACAAACUAAAACCUAAUUUUAUAACUAAUUUUCACGAUUAAAGAAAGAAACUAAAAUAUAGAUACGACAAAAACAAAAGGGUAAUGGUGUCUGGCGAUUAUCCGCUAAUUAAGACCUAAACGACUAAACCUGUGACACUCUGCACUUUUCGUCGACUGCAACAGUUAUAUAAUUAUACGUAGUGUACAUAUUUUAAUCUUAGUAUAAAUGGUACGUGCAUUUAAAAUUUAAUAAUUCUAUCGUGACGAUGUAUACAUUCAUAUAUAUGUAUACAUAUAUGUAUAUUAAGAUAUCUAUAUGCGGUCGCUGGUAUUGUGCGAUCUAUAUAUGUACAACAGGAAAAAGUGAUUAUGUUUUAAUUGACAUUUAUUUUAUCUACGACUUUCACAUUUUAUAUGUAUACAAUUGACUAAUUGGAUGUGAGUGCGACAUGCGUACACGAGGAAAUACAACUCAAAAUCGAUUGCGCAACUUCUCAUGCUACCUAGAGCCUCAUCUCUCUCUAGUAUUUUCGUAAGACUAUAUCGAAAACUAAAUAACUGCAUUAUAUCUAAGUACCUAUUGAUCCAUCAAAACUUUAAAAACAAAACUAACAAAAUAAUUUAAUUUAAAUAAAAAUAAUUUAUAAUCCUGGAUAAAAAUGUAUCAACUAAAAGGUGGCAAGUGUUUUCUUCAAAAAAAAUGACAAGUGUUUACAGAAAUUCUAGUGAGUCUUUUUUAUAAAUAAGUUAUCAUUUACCAUUAUUUUCUUAUUAUUUAUUAUUUUGGUUUUUAAAUGCAAGAUUUUUUUUUUGUGAGAACAUUUCAAUGAAAGUGUUUUAACUAAUUUAAAAUAGAAAAAAAUCAAUAUGACCUGUACAUGAAAUGUGUGGUUGAUAAAAUGGUGUAGAUUUUUUAAACCUUAAUUUUAAUUUUUUGUUUUAUAAAAAUAUUUUAUUUUUAUUUUAAAUACGCACUUAAAGAUUUUGAGUGAUGUGGAUGUUAUUGUCGUUAGAUUUUCACAUUAAACAUGUGGAAGAAGACCUCGAUAUCGAUAUGUAUAUAUAGUUCUUUACACAUCAAGAUACACAACAGUAAACUGUAUAACUAACUUGAGAGAUCAAGCAUAAUUAACGGAUGUAAUUUUGUUUUGAAGAUUCAAACAUAUGAUGGGACCAACUUUAUUUGAACAUUGAAUAAACUAUACACGAGUAGAAAAUCAUUAAGUUUAUUUUCGUUGAACAAAAAAACUUAAACUAAUCAGAAACGAACAAGGUGAGUACCUUCCAUAAAUCAGUAGUAGUAUAUAAACCCAAAGUUCAGUCCAUUUAUGUCGACCAAAACAAAUCACCAAAAAAGAAUCUUAUCAUUGUCUCGAUAUACAUUAUAUGCAAAUAUCUCGACAACCUUACGAAACAAAACCUUGGCAGAAUCGUAUCUGUCCAAAGGAAACUAUGGUGAAGAUUCAUCCCGACCAUACGACCUCCGGGGCCGGAGACAUAACAAGUUCGCCGUACUUGACAACGGAGAAAGAGAGUUUCACGAUUUGGAUGAAGUCGUUGGUGUUUAAUACAAAUGGCUGCACCGUCUUCGAUUGUAAAGGAAACAUAAUAUAUCGUGUCGAUAAUUAUAACUCUAAGAGCUGCCGUGAAGUUUAUCUCAUGGAUUUACAUGGUCAUGUCUUGUUUACCUUACGUAGCCAGAAAUUUGGAUUAUUCAAGACUUGGGAAGGAUAUAGAUCACCAUCGGGGACAUCUGAUUCAACAACAAACUCAGAAUAUUUUCGAGUGAAAAGUAAUAUUUUUCAGGUUCCGAGUAAAGAUUCAUAUUCUUCUUAUAGAGUUCUAACGGGAUCGUGUAGAAAGAAUGAACAAUAUCAUUAUAAGAUAGUAACUCGGGGAUCAAGUUUAGGAAUCGAGGACAUUUGUGGAAGAGUUGUGGCAGAAGUGAAGAGAAAACAAUCGAGGAAAGGUUUGGAGUUUGGAGACGAUGUUUUGACGAUGGUGGUGGAGUCACAAGUUGAUCACUCUUUCAUCAUUGGACUUGUUAUAACUCAUAGGCUUAUCAAUCGUAAACUGUAAUAAAGGUGGUAAAAUUUUUGAUUAAAUAGUUGAUAACUAAUUGCUGAGUUUUUUUAACUUCCACAUAUUUUAUAUCGAUGUUGCUAAUGAAAGUACAACUGAUGUAUGUUACUUGUAAGAUUGAAGGUUCGGUUAAGUGAGCGUAAGCUUUUUCAUUGAAAUGUUUGUGUUACGUUGGUGAUGAAGAAUCAGUUAUAUUGGAAGAUUAAACCACAUCGAAAUUGACAAUUGGGUUAUAUGCCGUUUUGGUUAAACGGCCGGUUAAAUAUUACUCAAUAGUUUACGGUUAUUGAAAACCGGUUAUCAGUUGUAACUAUCCUUACCUAAUAUCAAAGCAAGGCUCGUAUAUUGUACACUAAGGAGGUUAGUGUCUUGCCUUGCCAGGCCCCAGGGACGUUGCCCCACCGGUGAACCCUGGGUCAUCAAAUAAACUAUGUAUUGAUAGGUUUGGUCAAUACGACCGGACUUGUUCAAGUUGGGCUAACUUGCACAAGUCACAAUCGAAACGAAUGGAACGCGACAGAGCACAUGCGUAUGAACUAUGGGCCUAGUUGACAAAGCCCAUUAGGUCAAGUUCUGAUUAUAUCAGAUGGAGAGAUCACGACAGAUGAUCUAACACAAGGCAUACACAAGUACAACACCGAGGAGAGGCGCAGAAGAGUAGGAGCUCGAGAGAGCUCGAGACCAGGGUUUGGGUCUGAAGAGAGAAAGCUAGAGAGAACCAGGUUCUUGGUAGGGGUUAGCUAGGCUCUUCCAUAUAUACUUGUAUAUCUGGGUGAUUUGUAACAGAGAUCAAGAGAGGUUGAUAUGAACUGUAGCCUCUGGAUAUUGUACUCUCGUGUUUGAUAUAAUGGAAGGUUGAGAGACCGAUUUUUCUCUCCGGUGAGUAUAGCUCUUUCUUCAUAUCGAGGAACGGAGGUGAACACCGGAUUAACAAAAGUGUCUUGUGUUCCUUCUUUUCUUGCUUGAUUCGUAUUCCGCGUACUUGAUUGGUUGACUAGAUUUGCGAUAAGAACUACUGUAAGCAUUAAGGGAACAGACAAAUCCUGAACAAGUGGAAUAAGAGCUUUUAGAUUCCCCAAUAAGUUUCUUGGUUUUUACCUAACAGUUUGAGAGUUGAAAGAUGAAUACAAUUAUAAUAAUUCCAUGGGAUCGAUUUAGAAAAUAAUUAGGUUAUGGUAUAUAUGCUAAAAAUAUUAAGGUGCCGACAAAAUUCCUAAACUAGUAUAAAGCAAAUUAGAGUAUGAUUAGUUAAGUACCAGCAAAGUACCAAUUACAGCAUAAAACUUUCUCAGUGAUAUUUAAUUCCCUUCCUAAUAGAAGAGCACCGUUAAUCUUCGUUGAACACUAAACGCAGCACCAUAUCGAAACACAUCUAUGUAGCUCAGUUCAGCUAUUGGUUUAACUAGCUGAACAAUUCUGGGAAUAUCUUGUAGAGUAGCACCAAUCCUUGCAAAUUCUGCAUUAGGAUAAUUAGGAUUAGGGUAUUGAGAAAAAGUUAUUCUUCCAUUCUAAAAAAAAGAAACAAGACGUAAUUUCUUGCUUUCUCUCUCUUCAAAAACUUUUUCUCUCCAUCGUCUCUCCUUUCUUCUACCGCCGCCUAAGGCUUCAAGCCUCCUCCUUCGUUUUCCGGCGGUCGCCACCGCUCUAAGCGACCGCGGGGCUCCGGCUCUGUGUUCUCGUGUCUAUGGUCUCCUCCUCUGUCUCUCUUUCUUUGGUGUUGGGGUGGUUUCAUCGUAGGUCUUGAGCCAAUCUCAGAUCCGGUGACCCCAUUGGAUCUCGGUUCGCGUUCUGGAUGGUGGCGUCGCUAGAGGAUGGUGACUGCUCUACCUUCGCCUCGCUUCUUGUUCCGAUGGUGUCUCUAACUGGCUCUGAUUUUCCUUGCCUCCGAUGGUUCCUCAAGAGUGAUGGAGUGUGUGGUGUCAAGAAGCCUCGUCGCAGCUUGUCAGCUCCUCUGGAUGGUGGCACUCCGGUGGUGCUAAGGUUCGACGGUGGUUUGGUCGGAUGAUUUCGCGGAUCUGAAUACCUUUGCUUUCUUCUGCUGGGGAUCUCUGGUGGAGGCGUGAGAGUUUCAAUGGUGGUGAGCUUCGGCUUGUUUUUCAAUGUUCUCUGGUGACACACGCUUAGGAGGUGGGGGCGCGUGGCAGCGGCGCGUGUGCGGUGACAGUGCAAGUGGCAGUGUGUCGUGACGGUGCGUGGGAGGCAACUUCUGUGUCUCGUCGGCUACGGUUCUGUUCAUGCCCCUCCAUUUAGUAUUCUCGUCAGUGAGGCCCCGCUCCUAGCUCUUUUCCCUUAAUAAAGUUAGUGGCGUUGGUAUUGCCUUCCUAUGGUGGUGUUGGUUGUGUUCUUGAUUUCGUACGGCAGUUGGGUUCUCGAUCCGCCUUUUCGCUUGCAGGUUUGUCUCUGGAGGGUUGGUAGCUGAUGUGCCCCAGUCCAUGGACCAGACUGAUCAGAACGCU